AUGCCUGGUCACUUCUCUCCAUCAAUGGAGACAUCUAAUUCCAUCUGUUACCUUGCAGACGAUGCUACACCCCCUGCUCCAAUGGUCCUCUCGCUGUGCACUACAGAUCUUUUUUUCACACCAAAGGCAAUGCCAUGGGCCAUUGAACACCUCUCUCAUUCCAGAAAGCUGAAGCUGCUGGCAGGCAGAUUGCAGCACACUUGCUUUGCUCCAUACCUGCUGCCUUCCUGCCAAUCCUUGUCAUUGGCAAAAGGCAAAAAAAGGGACCCCACUCCUAUACCUCUGACAUUGCGUGCUAGCAUCCCCCCGGCACCAUGGAGGGAUAAAGAGAAAGGCAGAGGGACCAGUAUGCCACCCUGUGAUGAUGAACCACCUCUGAAUGAUGAUGUUUCAGAUGAGGAGAGUACAGAAGAAGAACCCCUGUCUUCAUCGCAAACCUCGAUCAGUAGCAACUCCCAUCCAACUAUUCAGAGGGUGCUAAUUGCUCAGCCUAAGGGAGUCAGGAACCUAGGCUUAGUUCAGCUUGGUGCAAAGUUGAACUGGGAAGGCAAUACCUACCAACAAGUUAAAUAUGCCGAGAAGAUCUUUCCAGUAUAUCUCAAGACAGAGACGUCUGCGAGUGGACAAGAUCAAACUGAUAAGGAUGCCUUCAAAGAUGCUAUGAUGCAAGAGUUUGAUGACCCACUCAGCAACUAUGUUAAUGUCUGCCUCUCAAACAAAUCAUGCAGUGCCUUUGCAAAAAAUUUUCAGAGAAAACACACAAGCAAUCAGCUAAAAGGAUCAUGGAGGCAGUGCAAACAGCCAUUGCAGGCCCUUCAGCACCUAGAAAGAUAUCAUGAAAACAUCGGGCUGUGA